AUGAUGUUCAAAGACAAGAUGGAAAUGAUUUCAUCGCUCCUCGGACUGAUCCUCACUGCAUCCCUAGCACCAAGAUAUUUCUACGGAAGCCAGGUUCUCAUAGUUAUAAUAACAUAUUCCACAGCUCUGUCUCUUGUAAAACCAAUGGCAAAGAAAGGAAAGCUGUAUUUUAGAAUCAUAAAUGCUCUCCAUGUUAUUGCAAAGAUAAUGAACCUCCUGGCAUUCUUCAUCAUCAUGAAUAAUGUGUUUGUAAUGAGGAUGGGAUACAAGAACUGCAGAGAGUGCUUCACUAUGACCACGCCAGACAUCGUUGUAUCAAUCCUGUUCUUCAUAUACUACUCGGUGUAUUCAACAGCUUUUGUCUUCUUCUUCGGAGUUUCCGCCAAGUAG